AGAGAGAAGGGGAGUGAGGGGGUAGAAAGAACAGGAGGAGGAGAGGGACUUGCUAUAAGGACACCAGCCACCCUUAAAUCCAGCCGCUCCUCUGCUUUUGCGCACGAGAUUUAUUUUUUUAUUUUUUCGAAGGAACGAUACAAGAAAACGGGACAAGCUGUGAUUGGAGCUGGUUUGCGGAAAACUAUUGCCUCAAAUUGUCUUCUUCUUUAAAUAAUUCUCAGCCGGCAGAGCCACUUGGGGACCGCGGGAUCUACCACGAUGAGGCCCGUGGACAUUGCGCUGACUGUGCUGCUCGCCGCGUCCCUCUCGUGCCGGAGCGCGCUCGGCGGCUACGGGGUGAGCCUGUUCGCGGCGCAGACCUCCCCCCCGGACCCUUGCUACGACGAGCACGGCAACCCGCGGCGCUGCAUCCCGGACUUCGUCAACUCCGCCUUCGGCAAGGACGUGAAGGUGUCCAGCGCCUGCGGCAAGGCGCCCGGCCGCUACUGCGUGGUGACGGCGGCGGAGAAAGGAGACGAGAGGACGAGGAACUGUCACACGUGCGACGCCUCGGACCCCAAGAAGCACCACCCGCCGGCGUACCUGACGGACCUCAACAACCCGCACAACCUCACCUGCUGGCAGUCGGAGAACUUCGUCCAGUACCCGCAGAACGUCACGCUGACCCUGUCGCUCGGCAAGAAGUUCGAGGUGACCUACGUGAGCCUGCAGUUCUGCUCGCCGCGACCCGAGUCCAUGGUCAUCUACAAGUCCAUGGACUACGGCAAAACCUGGGUGCCCUUUCAGUUCUACUCGACGCAGUGCAGGAAGAUGUACAACAAGCCGAACAGGGCCGCGAUCACCAAGCAGAACGAGCAGGAGGCGGUGUGCACGGACUCGCACACGGACAUGUACCCGCUGACCGGCGGCCUCAUCGCCUUCAGCACGCUGGACGGCAGGCCGUCGGCGCACGACUUCGACAACUCCCCGGUGCUGCAGGACUGGGUGACGGCCACCGACAUCAAGGUGAUCUUCAGCCGGCUGCACACGUUCGGCGACGAGAACGAGGACGACUCGGAGCUGGCGCGGGACUCGUACUUCUACGCCGUGUCGGACCUGCAGGUCGGCGGGCGGUGCAAAUGCAACGGCCACGCGUCCCGGUGCGUGAAGGACCGGGACGGGGGUCUGGUGUGCGAGUGCAAGCACAACACCGGCGGGCCGGAGUGCGACAGGUGCAAGCCGUUCCACUACGACAGGCCGUGGCAGAGAGCCACGGCCCGCGAGGCCAACGAGUGUGUCGCCUGCAACUGCAACCUGCACGCGCGGAGGUGCCGCUUCAACAUGGAGCUGUACAAGCUGUCGGGGAGGAAGAGCGGCGGCGUCUGCCUCAACUGUCGCCACAACACGGCGGGACGCCACUGCCACUACUGCAAGGAGGGCUACUACAGAGACCUGUCCAAGCCCAUCUCGCACAGGAAGGCCUGCAAAGCAUGUGAUUGCCAUCCCGUGGGCGCUGCUGGCAAAACCUGUAACCAAACCACAGGACAAUGUCCCUGUAAAGACGGCGUGACCGGUAUCACGUGCAACCGCUGCGCUAAAGGCUACCAGCAGAGCCGCUCGCCCAUUGCACCCUGCAUAAAGAUUCCAGUUGCACCUCCUACGACCCCAUCCAGCAGCACCGAGGAACCGUCAGACUGUGACUCUUACUGCAAAGCAUCGAAAGGCAAGCUGAAGAUCAACAUGAAGAAGUACUGCAAGAAAGAUUACGCUGUGCAGGUGCACAUCCUGAAGGCGGACAAGUCCGGCGAGUGGUGGAAGUUCACCGUCAACGUCAUCUCCGUCUACAAGCAGGGCGAGAGCCGCAUCCGCCGCGGCGACCAGUUCCUGUGGGUGCGCGCCAAGGACGUGGCCUGCAAGUGUCCCAAGAUCAAGCCCGGGAAGAAGUACCUGCUGCUGGGCAACGACGAGGACUCCCCCGGCCAGAGCGGCGUGGUGGCGGACAAGGGCAGCCUGGUCAUCCAGUGGAGGGACACGUGGGCGCGCAGGCUCAGGAAGUUCCAGCAGCGCGAGAAGAACGGCAAGUGCAAGAAGCCGUAGGCG